AUGGACGACGUGCGGGUGGAGUGGCUGGGAGAGCGGCUGCGGGCGACGCUGAACGUGGCGGAGGCGAAGCCCUUCGAGGAGCUGCUGAGCCGCGACGACGGCGAGCAGGCCGACACCCUCCUGCGCUUCCUCAACCGGCGCGCCGCCGCCGACGAGGGCGAGGCCUCCGCCCUCCUCCUCCGCCAGGAGCAGCGCCUCGACGAGAUCGAGGUCGAAAUCGGUGCGGCCGCCUCCUCAGCUCGGCUCGGGCCUGUUUCGUGGCAAGCGGAGGCCGCGGAGCAUGGGCAGAGCGCCGCCCCCGUCCCCCUCUCUCGCUCCCGGGAAGUACCAUAUGAAGAAGAGGAAGAGGAAGAGGAGCAGCUUGGGGCGACUUCCUCCAUCUCCCUGGCAUCUGGAAAGAGAGAUCGGAAAAGCAAAGCAUCUCUGGCUGAAACUGUGGGGAAACGCCAGUCUUCAGUGGCCUCCGUUCAACCCAGCUUGGCUGAUAUAGAGCGCGAGCUGGCCACGGGGAUCUCCGCAGUUCAGACAUACAAACAAAUAAUAAAGCAGGAAGUUUAUAACCUGUAUUAUCAUGUGGCUUUGGAUGACGUCCCAGAAGAAUUUGUGGAGACUGAGACGGUGUUCUUUCUCAGGGACACUGCAGAAACCGUUACUGAGCCUAACGACUUGACUGAAGCUAACGAUGUCCUGCCAGAAUUACUGGAAUAUGGCAUCCUGAACGGUAAUACCCUGGUGAUGCUCAAGCAGAUCUUCGCACUGGUUUAUUUGCCUGCCAUGUCCUACAACCCAUACGAGGCAGAGUCUGUUUCUCACCCAGAAGCCAAAAAGGGCGAGGGUGACGAUGCUCCUGUUGUCGCAAAGAAGAAAGAGAGGCCGGUAGAACUAGAAAGCUUCCAGAUCCUCAGGAAUGAGUUCCUAAUGAAUAUGCAGAAAUUCCUAGACCACAUUCAGAGAACCAUACAACAGAUUGAAGGGGAGAUAAAGUUAGAAAUGCCAACCAUUCUCCUUGACGAUGAUGUGAACGACCUGGCUGCUGAUCAGGAAGUGAUUGAAGUACUGGAGCAGCUGGCAACAAACUGGCUUCUUCUCAUAUCCUCAGCAGAUGAGGAGCUACAGAAGAAGGUCCCCCAGGGGAAUGGGCCGCUGGCGGAGAUUGACCUGUGGCGCGAGAGAAACGCUACCCUGAGCGCCUUGACCGAGCAAGUCAAACUGCCCACAGUCAAAAAAGUCUUGCAAGUGCUGGACAUCGCCAACUCCGGGACGGUCGAAAGCUUGCAGGUCGCAAUCAACGAGCUCUGCAAGCACCAUGUGGAGGCAAACGACAACGUGCGGUUCCUUUCUACCCUCCAGCGACACUUAAAGAACUUGGCCCAUGGCACUGGCUUCCAGAUCGUCUUGGAUACGAUCCCUUCACUGAUGAACGCCUUGAGGAUGGUGUGGAUCAUCUCACGGCACUACAACAAAGACGAGCGCAUGAUCCCCCUCAUGGAACGGAUUGCCUGGGAAAUUUCAGCCCGGGUCUGCAAAGCUGUGGACCUGCGGACUUUGUUCAGAGAAGACAGGCAUAUGGCAAAAGCCAAAAUGAUCGAUGCCAAACGGACCCUCGAAACCUGGAAGGCAUCUUACUUCGACAUCCGUGCCAAAAUCGAAGCUUCGGGAAGGGAUGCGCGGUGGGAAUUUGACAGGAAGCGGUUGUUUGAGAAAACAGACUAUAUGGCCGGCAUCUGCCAAGACUUCUAUGAUGUGUUACAGGUCAUACAGGAAUUUUACAACAUCUUUGGUCCUGAGCUGAAAGCCGUCACCGGGGAUCCGAAGCGCAUCGACGAGGUCUUGCGUCGAGUCGAUGGCCUGGUCACCCCUAUGGAGAUCCUGAUUUUCGAGCCUUUCAACAUAAGAUGCUCAACUCAGUGGAGACUUGUCAUGGAAAGCUUUAAAGCAGAAGUUCUGGAUAUAGAAAAAGAAGCAAAGAACUUCAUCGAUGAGUCUUUCAAGACUCUCCGUUCUGCAGAAGCUGCUUUUGACAUGCUCUUAAACUUCAAGCACAUCCGCUCUCGAGAGGCCAUUAACAAGCAGAUGAUGAUGAAGUUCAAUGACAUCCUGACACAGUAUUGCAAAGAGCUCGAUCAGAUCAACACCAUAUUUGUCAAUAACCUCGCCAACCCUCCUCUGUGCAAGAACCACCCUCCGGCGGCUGGAGCAAUUUAUUGGGCACGAUCCCUUUUCUUCCGCAUCAAGCACACCAUUGUGCGAUUCCAGGAAGUAGAGGAGCUGUUGGCCAGUGACCGCGGAAAAGAGGUGAGACACAGAUACCUUGAGGUGGCAAAGAGGAUGAAGGAAUACGAGGAUAUGAAGUAUGACCAGUGGAGAGAGACAACGGAAGAGAGCCUCCCUAUCCUGUUGAAAAAAACCCUGCUUGCUAAAAUUCACGCUUCCGGAGCUAUUAUUCAGAGUAACCCAGAGGGCUACGAUCCGACGACACGUGCCGACGACAUGGCAGAGAAAAAUGCACGUUUCACAGUCAACUUUUCCCCCAAGCUUCGAGGGAUCAUCAAUGAGACAAAAUACAUGGAGCAGCUGGGGUUCCCGAUUCCCGAAAUAGCGAGGAACGUGGCAUUGCAAGAGGACAAAUUCCUUAGAUAUACUGAUGGCAUAAAGCAGAUGUUGGAGCACUAUCACAGAUUAAUAUCAAAACUGAAUGAAGCAGAGUCCCAGCUUCUGGAUGAACAGAUACAAGACCUUUGGCGAGUUUUCAGGUCUGGCUAUAAGAGGCUCAACUGGAACUCAUUAGGUAUCGGCGACUAUAUUAUCCGGUGCACGCAAGCCAUCGGGAAGUUUGAAUCCCUCGUCCAUCAGAUUCACAAGAAUGCUGAAGACAUGACCAAUAAGCUUCUCUUAAUAGAAUCAACCAAUCUGUUCAAAAGCCCUCCUUCCACUGGCGAAGAUACGCUUCCUGGCGUGAAGGAGUACUUCCAGUAUGUCAAGCACGAGAGAUCCAGGGACGUGGAGCACAUGGUCCGCAAGUACAUCGCCAUUGGGCCGCUGCUCACAAAAAUGGAGGGGCUUGUCUUGAACACCAACUCGGGCAGAUCCCCGAGGCUGGCUCAUUACUACGCCUACUGGGAAAAUAAAGUUUAUCAGAGCUUGACCAACCUAGUCCUCAAAAAUCUGCAGUCUUUCAAUGCGGCGGUGUUGGGGAACACCCCACUGUUCCAAGCCGAAACGAUUCUGUCUGCUCCUGAAAUCAUUCUGCAGCCGAACGCGGGUGAAAUUGAAAAAUUGUGUGUCCACAGCAUCCGAGAUUGUGUGGAAAUUACUAAGCAAUUUGUCCGCUGGAUGCACGGCACCUGCGUCGACUGCCCGCCGCAGCACACCGACGACGAGGAGCUCAUUGUGGUGAGCUUCUUCAACGACAUCUCCCAGAACGCCCAGGUCAUCGAGCAGGCCAUCCUCAUCACCCAAAACAUGCACAAGCUGAUGAUCUCGCUCACCAAGUACCUCAACCGCUGGAAGAGGUACCGGCCCCUGUGGAAGCUCGACAAGGCCAUCGUCAUGGAGAGGUUUGCCGCCAAGAAGCCGGCCUGCGUCCUCUUUGACGACAAGCUGCAGUUCUACAUGAGGAUCUCCCAGGAGGUGGUGCAGCAGCCGCUGGUCAAGGACGAGCAGUGCAUCCGGCUGCUGCUCGGGCCCCUGGCCUGCACUGUGCAGCAGAACGCCAAAGGCUGGAUGAUGUCGCUCGGGAGGCUGCUCAACGAGUCAGCCCGAGAGGCCCUCUACAGCCUCCAGGAGGACAUCGAGAGAUUGACCCAGAACCUCAGGACAUCUCCCAGCACACUAGAGGACCUCAAAUUUGUCCUGGGUACUAUUGCAGAGAUUAAACGCAUGUCUCUAGAAGUGGAACUCAAGUACCUGGAUAUUCAAGAGCGAUACCGAACCCUCACAAUGUACAACAUUUCCACAACAGAAGAAGAACGGAACCUGGUGAAUAUUAUCAAGGAAAAGUGGGAAAACCUUUUCACCGAAGCGGCCGUGGUUGAUCACAGCCUCUGGGGGAUCAAAAGGACGUUUACUGAGAUCACAAGGGAGCAAAUUGCAAACUACAGUAAGGAGAUUGCAGAUUUCUACCACAGGUUUGUUACAGAAGGGCCAGGCUCCGUUGGCGAGAAUCUCGAUAAAGGAGUAGAGCUGAUGGUCGUUUUUGAAAAAGAACUGGAGAAACAUGAGAAGAAUCGCCAGGAGCUGGCGAAUGCUGAAAAGCUGUUUGACCUUCCAAUCACCAUGUACCCUGAUCUAAUGAAAAUCCAGAAGGAGAUGAAAGGCCUGAGGCAGAUUUAUGAUAUCCAUAAGAUGCAAAAAGAUGCUAAAGAGGAAUGGUCUCAGACUCUGUGGGUGAACCUCAAUGUACAGGUUCUGCAGGAGGGCAUCGAUGGGCUUCUGAAAUCCCUGAGGAAGCUACCCAAAUAUGUCCGCAGCAGUCCUGUCGCUUAUCACCUGGAAAUGAAUAUGAAGGCCUUUAAGGAGUCCAUUCCUUUGCUGCUGGAUUUGAAGAAUGAGGCAUUAAGAGAGAGGCACUGGAAAGAACUGAUGAACCGAACCGGGACCCAUUUUGAAAUGACAACCGAAACGUUCACCCUUGAGAACAUGUUUGCCAUGGAGCUGCACAAGCAUUCUGACGUUAUCAACGAGAUUGUGAGCUCUGCUGUCAAAGAGCUCAGUAUUGAGAAGGGCGUGAAGGAAAUAGUAGAAACCUGGGAGAGUAUGAAGUUUACGGUGCACAGGUACUUCAAAGGCACCCAAGAACGGGGCUUCAUUUUGGGCUCCGUCGAUGACAUCGUUCAGAUCCUGGACGACAAUGCCGUCAACCUCCAGAGCAUUUCCGGGAGCAGAUUUGUAGGGCCAUUCCUGGCGACUGUCCACAACUGGGAGAAAACCCUCUCCUUGAUCGGCGAAGUAAUCGAGGUCUGGAUGAUGGUUCAGCGGAAAUGGAUGUACUUGGAGAGUAUCUUUAUCGGGGGAGACAUCAGAUCUCAGCUGCCUGACGAAGCGAAAAAAUUCGACAACAUCGACAGGAUUUUCAAAAGGAUAAUGGCGGAAACAGUCAAAGAGCCGGUGAUAAAGAAGUGCUGCGAAGCUCAAAACCGCCUCUCAGACCUACAGAAUAUAAGCGAUGGCCUGGAGAAGUGCCAGAAAAGCUUGAACGACUACCUGGACUCCAAGAGAAAUGCUUUCCCCAGAUUCUUCUUUAUAUCAGAUGACGAACUGCUCAGCAUUCUGGGCAGCAGCGACCCACUCUGCGUACAGGAGCACAUGAUAAAGAUGUACGACAACAUUGCUUCUCUCCGGUUUCACGAAGACGACAACGGCACGAAGAUCGCUUCCGCCAUGAUCUCCGCCGAAGGCGAAGUGAUGGAGUUCCGCAGAUCCGUAGCAGCCGAGGGUCGAGUGGAGAACUGGAUGACUGCUGUGCUCGCUGAAAUGAGGAGGACCAACAGGCUGGUCACGAAAGAAGCCAUCUUUCGGUACUGCGAGGACCGGAGCAGAGUUGACUGGAUGCUGAUGUAUCAAGGCAUGAUGGUGCUGGCUGCCAAUCAAGUGUGGUGGACUUGGGAAGUGGAAGAUGUCUUUCGGAAAGUGAAGAGGGGAGAAAAACAAGCCAUGAAGAAUUACGCCAAGAAAAUGCACCAGCAAAUCGACUCACUGGUCACGCGAAUCACCAAACCUCUAAACAGGAACGACCGGAAGAAAUACAAUACGGUUCUCAUCAUUGAUGUCCACGCGAGGGAUAUAGUUGACACAUUUGUAAGAGACAGCAUAAUGGAUGCCCGUGAGUUCGAAUGGGAAAGCCAACUGCGUUUUUAUUGGGACAGAGAGCCCGAUGAACUCAACGUGCGGCAAUGCACCGGCACCUUUUCCUAUGGUUACGAGUACAUGGGCUUGAAUGGGCGGCUAGUCAUCACACCGCUCACGGAUCGCAUCUAUCUAACACUCACGCAGGCUUUGUCCAUGUACUUGGGUGGAGCCCCGGCAGGCCCGGCAGGAACAGGGAAGACAGAGACCACCAAAGAUCUCGCCAAAGCCCUGGGCUUGCUUUGCAUAGUCACCAACUGCGGAGAAGGCAUGGAUUUCAAGGCAGUGGGCAAAAUUUUUUCCGGCCUCGCCCAGUGCGGCGCUUGGGGUUGCUUUGAUGAAUUUAACCGGAUCGACGCCUCCGUGCUUUCGGUCAUUUCCUCGCAGAUCCAGACCAUCCGGAACGCUCUGAUGAACCAACUGAAAACGUUUCAGUUUGAAGGGCAAGAAAUUUCUCUGGAUCCUCGAAUGGGCAUUUUUAUCACAAUGAAUCCUGGCUACGCCGGCCGUACCGAGCUCCCCGAAUCCGUAAAAGCUCUGUUCAGACCCGUGGUUGUGAUUGUGCCUGAUCUCCAGCAAAUCUGUGAAAUCAUGCUUUUUUCUGAGGGGUUUCUUUUGGCAAAGAUCCUGGCCAAAAAGAUGACAGUGCUAUACAAGUUAGCAAGAGAGCAGCUUUCUAAACAGCACCACUAUGAUUUCGGGCUUCGAGCUUUGAAAUCGGUAUUGGUGAUGGCUGGAGAACUAAAGAGAGGAUCGGCAGAUCUCAGUGAGGAUGUGGUCCUGAUGAGAGCCCUGCGAGACAUGAAUCUCCCUAAGUUUGUCUUUGAAGACGUUCCUCUUUUCCUUGGGCUGAUCUCCGACCUGUUUCCUGGACUGGACUGCCCUCGAGUGCGUUAUCCUAAAUUUAACGAUGCCGUCGAGCAGGUGUUGGAUGAAGGAGGUUACAUCGUCCUGCCGAUCCAGGUGGACAAAGUCGUCCAGAUGUACGAAACGAUGCUGACACGUCACACCACUAUGGUAGUAGGACCCACAGGAGGAGGCAAGUCUGUGGUCAUCAAUACCCUGUGCCUAGCUCAGACAAAACUAGGGUUACUGACCAAGCUUUACACACUGAACCCCAAAGCCAUGAGCGUCAUUGAGCUGUACGGUAUCCUAGACCCCACGACGCGAGACUGGACAGAUGGAGUUUUAUCCAAUAUUUUCAGAGAAAUCAACAAGCCCACCGACAAGAAGGAGAGGAGGUACAUUUUGUUUGAUGGCGAUGUGGAUGCUCUCUGGGUCGAAAACAUGAAUUCGGUGAUGGACGAUAACAAGCUGCUGACCUUGGCGAAUGGAGAGCGAAUCAGGCUCCAGACUCACUGUGCCCUCUUGUUUGAGGUUGGAGAUUUGCAGUACGCCUCACCUGCAACAGUAUCGCGCUGUGGGAUGGUCUUUGUGGACCCCAAGAAUUUGAAAUAUAAACCUUUUUGGCAGAAGUGGCUGAACCAAAGGAGCAGCAAACAAGAGCAGCUUUUGCUAGAUCGGCUGUUCGGGAAAUAUAUCCCCUACCUGAUUGACAUGAUUGUAGAAGGAAUCGUUGACGGUCGGCAAGGGAAGAAACUGAAGACCAUCGUUCCACAGACAGACCUGAAUAUGGUGACGCAGUUGACUAGGAUGCUUGAUGCCCUCAUAGAGCAAGAAAUAGAUGACCCUGACGUGCUCGAGUGCUACUUCUUGGAAGCUUUGUAUUCCUCCUUAGGAGCCGCCCUCCUGGACGCAGGAAGAGCAAAAUUUGACGAUUUUGUGAAGCGUCUCUCCUCUAUGUCAACUGUGAACGAUGAGAUGACUCUAGCCAGACCUGGGGAGCUGCCAGGGCAGCUACCAACUUUGUAUGACUUCCAUUUUGAAGGAAAGAUGAAGAAAUGGGUGCCUUGGAGCAAACUGGUCCCUGAAUACGUUCACUCACCCGAAGUGAAAUUUAUUGACAUCCUGGUUCCUACAGUGGACACAACCCGCACAAACUGGCUGCUGGGUCAGAUGGUCAAAAUCAAACACCCCGUCGUCCUGGUUGGAGAAUCGGGUACUUCCAAGACAGCGACGACACAAAACUUCCUCAAGAAUCUAAACCCAGACACAAACGUGCUGCUGAUCAUUAACUUCUCCUCUCGCACAACCUCCAUGGACAUUCAGCGAAACAUGGAAGCAAACGUGGAGAAGCGGACGAAAGAAACCUACGGGCCCCCCAUGGGGAAGCGCCUCCUUGUCUUUAUGGAUGACAUGAACAUGCCCAGGGUUGAUGAAUACGGCACCCAGCAGCCAAUUGCCCUGUUGAAGUUGCUCUUAGAGAAAGGCGCUCUCUACGACCGGGGCAAGGAGAUGACCUGCAAAUACCUUCGUGACCUCGGCUUCAUGGCUGCCAUGGGCAAAGCUGGGGGAGGUCGGAAUGAAGUGGACCCAAGAUUCAUUUCGCUCUUCAGCGUUUUCAACGUUCCUUUUCCUUCUGAGGCAUCCCUGCAUUUGAUAUAUGCCUCCAUUCUAAAAGGCCACACUUCGUCUUUUAACGAAUCAAUCGCUGCGAUCGCUGAGAAGUUGACAGCCUGCACUUUGGCACUCUAUGACAUGAUAGUCCGGGAUCUUCCUCCGACUCCUUCCAAAUUCCAUUACAUUUUCAACUUGCGGGAUCUCUCCAGGGUUUACAAUGGGCUUGUUCAGACCACCUCGGAACGGUUCCAGACAGUGACCCAGAUGGUGAGAGCCUGGAGGAAUGAGUGUCUCCGGGUUUUCCACGACAGACUGAUCAACGAAACAGACAAAAUCUGGCGAGUCCCUUUCUUUCUGGUCCAGGGCCACAUAAAGAGCUUAGUCGAAGAUAAUUUCAAUGAUGACGUCGAGCAGGUUAUGAGAGACCCUAUCCUCUUUGGAGACUUCAGAAUGGCCCUGAACGAAAGCGAGCCUCGUGUCUAUGAAGACGUCCAGGACUACGAUGCAGCCAAAGCUCUCUUCCAGGAGAUCCUUGAAGAGUAUAAUGAAAUUAACACCAAAAUGAACCUGGUGCUAUUUGAUGACGCUCUAGAGCACUUGACCCGCAUUCAUCGUAUCAUAAGGAUGGACCGAGGUCACGCUUUGCUCGUAGGGGGCUCAGGAAAGCAGUCCCUAACGAGAUUGGCUGCUUAUACAGCAGGAUGUGAGAUCUUUGAAAUAGUGCUGAGCCGAGGAUAUGGAGAAAACAGUUUCCGGGAAGAUCUGAAAACUUUGUAUACGAAACUUGGGAUUGAGAAUAAGACGAUGGUUUUCCUGUUCACGGACGCUCACGUAGCCGAAGAGGGAUUUUUAGAGCUCAUCAACAAUAUGCUAACAUCUGGAAUGGUUCCAGCCCUUUUCCCAGAUGAUGAGAGAGAAGGUAUUUUGAGUUCAAUUACAGGUGAAGCAAUGAAAGCUGGAAUUGCCCCAGCCAAAGAGAGCGUCUGGCAGUACUUUGUAAACAAGAGUGCCAACAACCUUCACAUUGUCCUCGGGAUGUCCCCCGUUGGAGAUACACUGAGGACACGUUGUCGAAAUUUUCCAGGUCUCGUCAACAACACGGGGAUCGACUGGUUCUUGCCCUGGCCAGCUCAGGCGCUGUAUGCAGUUGCCAAGUUCUUCCUGGGAGGGAACCCUCGGAUACCGACGGAAAACACAGACUCAGUUAUCGAGCACACCGUCACGGUGCACGACUCUGUCGGGGUCUUCAGCAAGAAGUUCCUCCAGAAGCUCAGGCGCAGCAACUACGUCACCCCCAAAAAUUUCCUCGACUUCAUUAACACGUAUGCCAAGCUGCUGGAAGAGAAGAAUCUGUUCAUUUUGGCUCAGUGCAAACGUCUGGAGGGCGGUUUGGACAAACUGAAAGAAGCUUCAAUUCAGCUGGAUGAGCUCAACCUGAAGCUCGCCGAACAGAAGAUCGUGUUGGCAGAGAAAUCCGCCGCGUGCGAAGCCCUGCUUGCAGAGAUCGCCUCCAACACAGCGAUUGCUGAGGAGAAGAAGAAGCUGGCCGAAGAGAAGGCCAUUGAGAUAGAAGAGCAGAAUAAAAUCAUCGCCGUGGAGAAGAGGGAAGCAGAGACAGCCCUGGAGGAAGCUCUGCCCAUCUUGGAAGCAGCCAAGCUGGAGCUGCAGAAGCUCGACAAGUCGGAUGUCACAGAGAUUAGGUCCUUUGCCAAGCCUCCAAAGCAGGUGCAGACGGUCUGUGAGUGCAUCCUCAUCAUGAGAGGCUACAAGGAGCUCAACUGGAAGACGGCCAAAGGGAUGAUGUCCGAGGCCAACUUCCUGCGAUCCCUCAUGGAGAUCGAGUUUGAUUCGAUCACUCAGGGCCAAGUGAAGGCCGUGCGAGGGCUGCUGAAAACCUUGAACACUACUACGGAAGAAAUGGAAGCUGUCAGCAGAGCUGGCUUGGGGAUGCUGAAAUUCGUCGAGGCCGUCAUGAGCUACUGCGAUGUUUUCAAGGAAGUGAAGCCCAAGAGAGAAAAGGUGGCUAGACUGGAGCGGAAUUUCUUCUUAAGCAAGCGCGAGCUAGAGAAGAUCCAGGCUGAGCUGCUGGCCAUUCAGAAUGAGCUGAAAGCUCUGAGUGACAAAUACGACGCGGCCAUCCGGGAGAAGCAGCAGCUCCAGGAAGAAGCGGAGAUUAUGGAGCGGCGGCUCAUUGCUGCCGACAAACUCAUCUCUGGCUUGGGAUCUGAAAACAUCAGGUGGACCAACGAUUUGGAGGAGCUCAAGAAGCGGAAGGUGAAGCUGCUGGGAGACUGCCUGCUGUGUGCCGCCUUCCUGAGCUACGAGGGCGCCUUCACCUGGGAAUUCCGCGACGAGAUGAUCAAGAGGGUGUGGCAGAAGGACAUCCAGGAGCGAGACAUCCCGCUCAGCCAGCCCUUCCGACUAGAGUACCUGUUGACCGAUGACGUCGAAAUUAGCAAGUGGGGGUCCCAGGGCCUGCCUCCCGACGAACUCUCGGUGCAGAACGGCAUCCUCACGACGCGCGCCAGCCGCUUCCCGCUCUGCAUCGACCCGCAGCAGCAAGCCCUGAACUGGAUCAAGAGGAAAGAAGAGAAGAACAACCUCCGGUCGGCUUCCUUCAAUGACCCCGAUUUCCUCAAGCAACUGGAAAUGGCCAUCAAAUACGGGAACCCUUUCCUAUUCCAUGAUGUGGAUGAAUAUAUCGACCCCGUGAUUGACAACGUCUUGGAAAAGAAUAUCAAGAACGUCCAGGGCCGAGUAUUCAUCAUUCUCGGCGACAAGGAAGUUGACUAUGAUUCCAAUUUCAGGCUGUACCUGAACACCAAACUGGCAAAUCCUCGAUAUUCUCCAGCAGUGUUUGGGAAGGCAAUGGUGAUCAACUACACAGUUACUCUGAAAGGCUUAGAAGACCAGCUGCUCAGCGUUAUUGUGGGGUCUGAAAGACGUGAACUGGAAGAGCAGAGGGAGCAUCUCAUCCAGGAGACGUUUGAGAACAAGAACUUGUUGAAGGAUCUGGAGGAUUCCCUCCUCCGGGAGCUGGCCACUUCCACCGGGAACAUGUUGGACAAUGUAGACCUGGUGCACACUCUGGAGGAGACAAAAGCCAAAGCUAACGAGGUGUCGGAGAAGCUCAAGCUGGCUGAGAAAACCGCAGCAGACAUCGACAAGCUUCGAGACGGCUACCGCCCCGCGGCCAAGAGAGGGGCCAUUUUGUUCUUCGUCCUGUCCGAGAUGGCCCUUGUCAACACCAUGUACCAGUAUUCCCUGAUCGCCUUCUUGGAUGUCUUCGGCCUCUCCCUUCGGAAAUCCAUCCCUGACACCAUCCUCGCCAAAAGGCUGCGGAACAUCAUGGACACCUUGACGUUUAACAUCUACAACUACGGCUGCACAGGCUUGUUUGAGAAACACAAGUUGCUGUUCUCCUUCAACAUGACGAUCAAGAUCGAACAGGCUGAUCACAGAGUCCCUCAGGAUGAACUGGACUUCUUUUUGAAAGGCAAUCUUUCUCUGGAGAAGAGUGCCCGGAAGAAGCCGUGUGCUUGGCUUGCCGAUCAGGGCUGGGAAGACAUCAUCCGUGCUGCGGAACUGUUUCCUGAGAAGUUUGGGUCUCUUCCGGAUGACGUGGAGGAUAAUCCAGAUGAGUGGAAAGCUUGGUAUGAUAUCGAUGCCCUGGAACAAGUCCCUUUUCCCAUGGACUACGGGAAGCGCCUCACCAACUUCCAGAAGCUGCUGCUCUUGCGUUGCUUCCGGGUGGACCGCGUCUAUCGUGCGGUGACUGACUACGUCACUCACACCAUGGGAGUGAAAUACGUCCAGCCUCCGGUGAUCAGCUUUGAAGCCAUCUUCGACCAGAGCACCCCGAAUUCGCCCAUUGUGUUCAUCCUGAGCCCUGGCUCCGACCCUGCCAGUGACCUGAUGAAGCUAGCAGAGCGGACGGGCUUUGGAGGGAAUCGGCUCAAGUUUCUGGCCAUGGGCCAAGGGCAGGAGAAGGUGGCGCUGCAGCUGCUGGAGAACGCGGUGGCGCGCGGGCAGUGGCUGAUGCUCCAGAACUGCCACCUUCUGGUGAAGUGGCUGAUUGAUUUGGAGAAGGCGCUCGAAAGGAUAGUGAAGCCACACCCGGAUCUGCGCUUGUGGUUGACAACAGACCCUACCAAGGGGUUUCCGAUUGGGAUACUCCAGAAAUCUCUAAAGGUGGUCACCGAGCCCCCCAAUGGGCUGAAGCUGAACAUGAGGGCCACCUACUUCAAAAUUUCCCACGACUCUCUCGACCAAUGCCCGCACCCAGCCUUCAAGUCCUUGGUCUACGUCCUCGCCUUUUUCCAUGCCGUGGUUCAGGAGAGGAGGAAGUUUGGGAAGAUCGGCUGGAACGUGCCUUACGAUUUCAAUGAAUCAGAUUUCCAGGUCUGCAUGGAAAUCCUCAAUACUUACUUGACCAAAGCAUACCAGCAAAACGACGACAGGAUCCCAUGGGGGAGCCUCAAGUAUCUCAUCGGAGAGGUGAUGUACGGGGGACGUGCCAUCGACAGCUUUGACCGGCGCAUUCUGACCAUCUACAUGGAUGAGUAUCUGGGGGAUUUCAUCUUUGACACCUUCCAGCCCUUUCAUUUUUUCUGCAACGACGACGUUGACUACAGAAUCCCCGAAGGGACUACGAAGGAUGAGUUUGUCGAAGAGAUAGAGUCCCUUCCUCUCGCUAACACUCCAGAAGUGUUCGGCCUCCAUUCAAACGCAGAAAUUGGAUACUACACGCAGGCUGCUCGGGAUAUGUGGUCGCACCUUUUGGAGCUCCAACCACAAACAGGUGAAUCGGGUACCGGGAUCAGUCGAGACGAAUACAUUGGGCAAGUGGCCAAGGACAUAGAGACCAAGAUGCCUGCUGUCUUUGACCUUGAUCACAUAAGAAAGAGUUUUGGGACAGACAUUACACCGACCACGGUGGUGCUCCUACAGGAACUGGAACGCUUUAACAAGCUCAUGAUUCGUAUGACCAGGUCACUGGCUGAACUGCAAAGGGCCUUGGCCGGAGAGGUUGGAAUGAGCAACGAACUGGACGAAGUGGCCCGGGCUCUUUUUAACGGGCAGAUCCCAAGUAUCUGGAGAAGGCUGGCUCCCGACACCCUGAAAACCCUGGCCAAUUGGAUGAUCCAUUUCCGGAGCAGGCACAACCAGUACACGGCAUGGGCGGAGGAGAGCGAGCCCAGCGUCAUGUGGCUGUCCGGACUGCACAUCCCCGAGUCUUACCUCACGGCGCUUGUCCAGGCCACCUGCAGGAAGAACGGCUGGCCUCUGGAUCGCUCCACCUUGUAUACCCAAGUGACCAAAUUCAGGACGGCUGACGAAGUCACCGAGCGCCCCGGGCAAGGGUGUUUUGUUUCUGGCCUGUAUCUGGAAGGAGCUGACUGGGAUCUGGAAAACGGCUGCCUCAUCAAGAGCAAACCCAAAGUACUGGUUGUCGACUUGCCCAUUCUGAAGAUCAUCCCCAUCGAGGCCCACCGGCUCAAGCUACAGAACACCUUCCGGACACCCGUGUACACGACAUCCAUGCGGAGGAACGCCAUGGGAGUGGGCCUCGUUUUUGAAGCGGAUCUUUUUACCACAAGGCAUCUUUCCCACUGGGUACUGCAGGGGGUCUGCCUCAUCUUGAACGCUGAUUAGCGGGUGGCCGUAAAAGCACUGCAGUUUUGCUACCUCUUCCGUUGGGGACACCCGUCCCCCCCUGGCCUGCCUUGGUCACACCCCUAGGAAUCUCCUUGUUUCGAAAGGUUCUGAACUCACGUCGCACAGACGAUUUUACUAAAAAUAUUUUUAAGUAGCGCUCCUUUGUUGGUGUUUAUUUAAACACAGUUGUAUAACGGUCUUUUGUUUGGAAAUAAAAGGUUUUUAAAAGCUUA